GGGGGAGGAGAGGGGGAGGAGGAGGUUCGAGCCCAGGAUAUAGACGCUCAACUCGAGGCCGCUGCAGCAGAAGGAGGAACCUCGCCUUGGCACCAUGGAGACCUGCACAGUCAUGGAGAACCCGAUCCUGCCCGUGUCGCUCCCGAUUCGUCUGUACCCGGGCUACGUGAUCAGCGUGGAGGGCCGCGUGCCGGAGGACUCGGAACGGUUCGCUGUGAACCUGUGCGCCGCUGAGGACGUGGCUCUGCACGUGAACCCCCGGUGGGGUGCCGACUCGGGCUCCCAGUGCCUCCUGGUGCUCAAUUCGCGCGCGGGCGGCGCGUGGGGACGCGAAGAGCGACUCGCGGCCGCCCCGUGGUGCCGCGAGACCGACUUCAAGUUGUCCAUCGCCGUGGACGACGAGGGCUACAAGGUCCUGCUGUGCGACUCGUCUCCCGUGCUGGAGUUCGCUCACCGCUGCGCCCUCCAGACCGUCGACCGCCUCGAGUUGAAACCCACGGCCCACGUGUCGCUCCUGCGAGUGCUCGCCCCCGCCUGUACGGACGAGGAACUCCCUCCGCCAGUGACUCCGGACAGCGGCGAUUUAUCGCUGCAGGAUGCCGUGUCGAACCUGACUGUGGCUGACACGCCCGAGGAAGGAGGACCCGAAGCCAAGGAGGAGGAAGCCGGCGUCAAGCAGGAGGAGGAACCUGCGAAGGAGGAAGAGGCACCCGCGGUGGAGGAGAAGGGAUCCGCGCCAGAGGAAGGUGGAGCUGGGCAGGAGGCAGAACAGGAGCCGGUGCCCGAGGAGGAGAAACCCGGACCGGAGGCAGCGCCAGAGGAACAGGGACCUGGCGAGCAGGGGGGCGAGGGAAGUGGAGCCGCAGAGGGAGACCUGGGCGAGGAGGCUGGAGGGGAGGUCGCUGCGGAUGCGGAGGGAGAGAAGAGCGCGGAUGCUGCUGCUGCUGUAGAGUUGAGCGUCCCGCACGACGGCGUCAUCGACGGAGGCCUCCACCCGGGAUGGAGCCUCACCCUGGAAGGCUCCGUGCCGGCUGAAGCCAACAGGUUUGCCGUGAACCUCAUUGGGGAAGGCGGACAGGACAUCGCUCUGCACGUGAACCCGCGGUUCAGCGCCGACGGAGGAGGAGCCCUUGUGCGGAAUGCCAAGAUUGGGGGUGCGUGGGGGGCCGAGGAGCGAGAGGGGGUCAACCCCUUCACUCGUGGGGAGACAUUCACGCUGGAGUUGAGCUGCGGGGAGUCGAACCUUGCCUUGAAGGUUGGGGGCGAGCCCGUGUGCGAAUUCGCGCACCGCGUGGGCGAGCUCGCCAGCAUCACGGCGUUCCACGUGGAGGGCGACGUGACGCUCACAGCCGCGCGGCAGGGCGACCUCUAGGGCUCCCAUCCCGCCCUGCACCUACAAUCCCAAAACCUGAAUUUCGACCCAAACCCGAACCGCCAACUCCAACACAAUCCAAAUGCCUUUCAACUCGUAUCCAGAGCCCCGCCACCACUAACCCCCACCCCCCACCCCGCUCUCUCUUUAUUUGGACUUCCAACCAGGGCCUUAAUUUCACGUGUCCCGGGUUGGCGACCGAGAAAUAAUUGAUGCACCCAGCACACCACAUCCAGUAUACCUCUUGUUACACCCGUGGGCAUUAUCGCAAACGAGAUGCUGCAUAUGAAGGGAUUAUCCGGGUAAAAUGUUUUAAGUGACAAGCAACACGAGGCCUUCGCUCGUCCCCCAGCGACCCAGAAAUUAAGCCCUGCCUCCAAUCAUAGCAAGGGCAUUCUGAUCAUUUCUUGAUAAACAGACCCAAAGAGCCUUUUCCCUAAAACCUUGGAUCGUCAACCCUCACUAGACCCUUCCUAUCCCUCCCUGGUUCUCUAACCCUGACCCACAAAUCAUCACCACGCAGCUUUUUGCCUCCGGCCCAUAAUUCCCGAAUGCCCCCCCCCCCGUCCCCUCCAUGAAAGUCCAAUUUGAAUGUCGGAUCCUAUCACUGUUCAAGAAGACGAUGAUCCCUUUAGCGAAGCAUGAGUGCCCCCUGAACCUGCGGUCACUGCGAAACAACUGACUGGGUUACCACCACCGUGGAGAUGGAGCGACGAAUUAAUUGGUGCAAAAUGGAUCGUUGCACCGUUAGCGUCGCAGGGGACGGUGACGGCUUGGGGGAGGCCUUCAUCCAGCAGUAGAGUGAGCAUGGCUGAUGAUGAUGAGUUAAUGUGGUUGAGGACCUCCCCAAUUUUGUACUGCACAUGUGGGGUUGUUGUGGUUGACCAUACUUCACCAUGCUGGUCAUCGCGGGUUGGUAAAGGUGGGGCACAUUGGCGUUGAUGCAUAGCUACGCGGGACAACAAUUUAAUUUGCCGAACUGCCCUCUGCCGCCAACCGCGUGGCCCCCGUGGCAGCCUAUAGCACCUGUUAUGCACGGUGGUGGUCGCCCAUUCAAGCGCCGGCACUAUCCAGGCUCAGCCAUGCUUAGCUUCGGAGAUCUGACGAGAUCGGGCGCAUUCCGGAGUGACCUGGUCAUCAGCCGAGUGGGUGGAUGUUGCUGCUGUGCUUGGCAACCACGGUGAGACAAAUAUGGAGACUCGAUUUGUCGCAGCGUCUCGUUUUCACGCCAGUGUGGUUUGCGACGAUACCCCGAAUGACAACAACAGAUGCUCUGUGUUCACCUGGGAAUGCCUCGCCGAGUCUCGAGAGGCGUUGUCAGGAGGGUCCUGCCGCACUGGGAUCUUUGGAUAAUUCCUUUAAUGAGAGUUUGGCUUCGUGCGGGAGGAAACCAACCGGAGAAAACCCCAUCACAAAUACGAGGGCACAACACUCAAAAGCUCCACACAGAAACGGAUUCUCGAAUCCGUUUCUGUGCUACUAUCUCUUGGCCGCCUCACAACCCAAGCUGACAACACCUGGUGUUCUCAGGCAGAGUCUCUCAUCCCCGUACAAACCAGGCUGAGUCACAGCUUAGCUUCCAAACAAGUAACGAGUAUCUGGCGCACGCGUGGUUUGUAAGACGCUCCGGCAAGUAAGACUCAUCCUCGCCAUCCUCGUGCCUGGUGUCAAUAAACUCGCACAAAUCUGGUCACACACAUGAAGACAAAGAUCACGGAGGGGUUAGUGCGUCUCAUAACACUGGUCAACACACUUUUUCUGGCAUAAGGUAUUCCAACGGUUUCUAAUGUAAUUUUGGGGUGCCGAUUCCAAAUCUGGCAUCAGUUUUUGUCUAUCACAUCAGGUUUUUGAGAUAUCAAAUAGUGCAUUUUCAAUAAAAACUGCAGAAGAAAAAUAUUAAAUAAAUGUGGAUAUCUACAUAAAAUGAUAUUAUAAACACACUAUCCUAAAAAUGCAGCACCAUAUUUUAACACUAAAGCAGUCACUGACUCGCAACAACUUGCAAUCAUAAGUGACAGAGUUAAUUUCGGGUAAAAUCAAUGAAAAUGGGGUAUGCCGAUAGCAUAAAAAUGAGAUGCGAUAGAGCAAAUCUGAGAUCAGAUUUGGAAUCAGCACCCUGCCAUUAGUCUAAAACAGCUGCAAAAGUCCAGGCCAGAAUUUUUUUUGUGUUGACCAGUGAAUCGGGAGAAUGCGGCACACGCGAUGGGUUUUCUCCGGGCAUUCGUGUUUUCUCCAAAGUUGAACAAAAAAAUGAUACCCCGGCAAGAAAUUGCCCCAAAACUUCUCAAGUAGUUUAUUCUCAUAGAAACCCCCCCCCCACCCCCCCCCCGAGUCUCUUCAACGAGGUGGUUCCUGCGAUUGUGCUACAAAGCAGUUGUUACACAGUGCCGGGACGAGCACGUGUUCUCGUGUAAAGGGAUGACGUCUCGAACUGUCACAUUGAAUGGCAAUGAGCUGUGAUCGCCUUUGGUGAUGAGAGAAUGGCAGCUUGAUUGCUUGAAUAAACCCAUUACAGUGA